AUCCUGAAGGGAAAGAUAAUAGGAAUUCUUGUAAAAUAGCGGAGUUGCUGUCCCUCACAAUUUUAACAAAGCUUUUAAUCACAAGCCCUUUUCUUAAACUUCUGAGGGCAAACAACUACCAGUUUUCCAAGGGUUGCUCUAUCCUCCCUCGACUACCCCAAUUUACACCACUCUCUUAACUACACCCAACUUUUUCUUCUCGCAGCACUACAUCGACUUGAACAGCCCAUACACGGACAUGAACACAUCGACACUAAAAGACGGACGCAGUGAUUAUCUGCAAAUGCUCUCAGCACCCGACCACGCGGCUCUCUCCUCUCCAACUUACACGAACGUCCCAACAUCAAACGCACCCGACUCCGCCUACUUGUGCAUGAGCCCAAGUAGCCAAAAGGAUGAAUCAGGAAUAUUCAGUCCCGGACACGUGGGCACUCACUUCGAGUUCCCUGCGCCUACGUCCGAUUCCGAGGACGCAGUGGAAAUGUCGCCGAUGCUGAAGAAGAGCGACGACGAUCCUUACCUGAAGCCUAUCAACGUUCACGAACGCCGGGCGGAAUUCGUCCGACAGAUGAAGGCGAUGAAGCACCAAUCCGAUGAGCAGAGGCCUGUCAGCAGCGAUUCCGGAUACGCGAACACUCCCAGAAACCUACGUCUGAUCGACCUGAACGAGAAGGCCGCUAAGGAUGACGAGAAAUCAGGCGCAGUUGUAACGCGUGAACAUACGUGAACAUAAGUGGAAUUUAAACGAAACUGGAACGAUUCAUUGUUGUACUAAUUUACCUGUUCCAGACUGUGGAAAUGUUCUGUGUGAAUAUGAGGGUGUAUGUGUAACAACGAACUGGUUACUUAAUUCUGUGUCGCGUGUACCUUGGAUUUUGAACAUGUUUUUUAUAUGUUGCUCGAAGUUGGGUGUGCCAUGACAAAAGUUUAGGAUCGUGAACGCCGUCAAUGUACACGGUGAUUCAUUUUUUUUUAAUGAGCUUACGACGUCUUUUUCGUAGGAUUAAUUCAUUGAGAUUAUACAAUUAAACAACUGGAGUGAACAGAU